AUGGAAAUUGAGGAAGAAGGAAAAGUAAAAGUUGCUGUACGCGUUCGUCCAUUCAAUAAACGAGAGCGAGAUUUGAAUACAAAAUGUAUUGUAUCAAUGAUCGGUGAUCAAACAAUCCUUAGACAUCCUAUUGAUGAGAAGCAACCCAAAAACUUUGCAUAUAAUCAUUGUUUUAAUUCGUCUGAUCCUACCGCACAUGAUUUUAUUGAUCAAAAUGAAGUAUUUCAACAAGUUGGCUCGGCCGUGCUUGUUAAUGCAUUUGCAGGUUAUAAUGCUUGCAUACUUGCAUAUGGACAAACUGGCUCAGGUAAAAGUUACACGAUGAUGGGUACAGCGGAAAAUCCUGGCAUUAUUCCACGUCUUUGUUGUUCAAUUUUUCAAAAAAUUAGUGAACUAUCGUCGGAUAGUUUAGCUUUUAAAGUAGAAGUAUCCUAUUUGGAAAUUUAUAAUGAAAAAGUACGCGAUCUUUUGGAUCCUAAAAAGACAAAUAAAAAUUUGAAAGUUCGCGAGCAUAAAGUCCUCGGUCCAAUGGUUGAUGGUUUAUCCGUACUGGCUGUUUCAUCUUUUGAACAAAUAGCAUCUUUAAUGGAAGAGGGAAAUAAAUCACGAACUGUUGCUGCUACCAAUAUGAAUACGGAAAGUAGUCGUUCACAUGCCGUAUUCAAUAUUCGUCUCACGCAAGCUCUUACGGAUAUGAAAAAUGGAUUUACUGGCGAAAAAAUGAGCAAAAUAUCGCUAGUUGAUUUAGCUGGAAGUGAACGAGCGCAAAAGACUGGCGCAGUUGGAAAAAGAUUGGAAGAAGGCGGAAAUAUCAACAAAUCUUUGACAACACUUGGAAUGGUAAUUUCCGCAUUAGCGGAACAGUCACACGCUAACGGAAUGUCGAAAUCGAAGUUUAUUCCAUAUCGAGAUUCUGUGUUAACGUGGUUGCUAAAGGAUAGUUUAGGUGGCAAUAGUCGAACGGUAAUGAUUGCAACGAUAUCUCCUGCAGCGGAUAAUUAUGAAGAAACCUUAUCCACCUUGAGGUAUGCUGAUAGAGCUACCAAAAUCAUCAAUCACGCCGUAAUAAACGAAGAUCCUAAUGCUAAGGUUAUACGUGAAUUACGUGAAGAGGUAGAAACGCUACGAGCACAAAUAUCACAAACAGUUAAAGAACAAAAUGAAACAGAAGAGUUACGUGAGCGAUUAGCAGAAUCGGAACGUUUGGUAGAGCUAAUGAAUAAAUCAUGGGAUGAACGAUUGAGAGAUACGGAAGCGAUUUAUCGGGAAAGGCAAAAAGAUUUAGCUGAGAUUGGUAUUUCGGUGGCUGGAUCCGGUAUAAAAGUUGAAAAAGACCGAUUCUACCUGGUCAAUUUGAAUGCUGACCCAUCAUUAAACGAGCUUCUUGUCUAUUAUAUAAAUCAUCAGGCUGUAGUUGGUAGUGCAGAACAGCAGCAAGGUGUGAUAGGAACUGAUGAAAAGGUUGAUUUUAUCCUUCAAGGACUUGGAGUACAACCUCGCCAUGCUUUAUUGGAAAUUGUCGAAGAUGGUUGUCAACAGCGCCUUUUCAUUGAACAGAUUGAUGAUAAAGCCAGGAUUUGUGUGAACGGACGUUUGAUAACGGAACGUACGCUUCUUCGUAACGGUUAUCGUCUUCUAAUUGGAAAUAAUCAUUUCUUCCGAGUAAACUGUCCAAAGGAAGCUAUCAACAUCAAUGCUUCCAUUAUGGAAGAAUCAAAUGCAAUGUUAUUCGAUUAUUACGAUGCUUGGCAGGAGGUAAAUUCUGGUAUAAAUGCGAAUCCAAUUACAACAGCUGUAGAUCAGUAUAUGGAACAAAUUACGAAGAAGCAUGAGGAAGAGAAGCAAGCAGCAUUGGAGCAACAAUAUGAGGCAUUCGAGAAGUACAUUCAAGGACUUACUCAAAGCUUUACACCUUCAACGCCAACAGCAAGUUUCGGAUAUUUGACACCGAUUGGUACACCUGGAUGUCAAUUUCCGCCUAUUGGUUUUCCGGCUAAUCCAAAAGCUAGCAUGCGAUCGAAAUUCUUCAAUUGGGCUCAACAUAGAGAGGAAAUGUUCAAAGAAAAUUUGAUACGUUUGAAGAGUGAUAUCGUACGCGCUAAUGCAUUAGCUCGUGAAGCUAAUAUGAUUGCAGCUGAGCUGUCACCAUGCCGAUGUCCAGUCAUCUAUGAUGUUACAUUGCAAAUUCCAGCAGCGAAUUUAAGGCCGUCAAAAAUAAAGGAAGGAAGAUUUGUUUGUGAACCAUUUAUUGUGGUCAAACGUACCGGUAUUGAUGGUUAUCAAUUAUGGUCAACUGCCCAGUUAGAGAAUAAAUUAAUCGACAUGCGCGAAAUGUAUAAUGAAAAAAUAACUGGAAUCGAAAGGGACGAUGCUUCGACAUCGGAGGAAUUGAUGAACAAUGAACAUUUUGCGUUGGAAGAUGGUUUUAAUAUAAAUGAAUGCCAAAGUCCAGUUGUUGAAAAUGUCUUUGACAGUCAGGAGCAUCAUAGUCUAAUUGGUGUUGCCAAUGUAUUUCUAGAAGUUCUGCUUCACGAUAUGAGGCUCAAUUAUCAUGUUCCGAUUAUCAGUCAACAGGGUGAGGUUAGUGGUCGUCUUCAUGUUGAAGUAUAUCGGUUAGCCGAAAUGGAUGAUUCCGGUAUUGUGAGUAGUUUGGAUUCAUUGGAUUCAAAUCGUCCAUUAGAUCCACAGUCUAUCGGUGCUGCCUUCUUGGGAAAAACAAUCCGAUGCAGGGUUCGCAUUAAAAAAGCAUCAAAUUUACCAUCAUCAUUAUCACAUUUCGUAUUCUGUCAAUAUUCCUUUUUUAACAUUAGCGAAAUUUUGGUUGUUGCUCCAAUAUUCGAUCCUAAUGCCGUUCGAUCAGAUCGUGCUGACAUUUCAUGCAAUUCCAAUUUUCAAUUUGAUCACGAAAAGGAUUUCUGUGUAGUUGUAACAGAAGAAUUUCUGGAAUAUAUUCAAGAAGAUGCUUUAUCGAUCGAAGUAUGGGGUCAUAGAAGUAGCGGUUUUGACAAUGAUUUUGUACCGUCAGCUAUUGCAAAUGGUAUCAUCAAUGUUGAACAAAAUUACAAAAGUUUACAGGAAAGAUGGUCCGAAGUGACAAGACGCAUUGAACUUCAUGUCAGUAUUAAAGAGAUGAACGAUAAUGGUCAGUAUGUCUCGGUAGAAGUGCGUCCAUCUGACGAAGUACUUACCGGUGGUAUCUAUCAGUUGAAACAAGGUCAACAACGACGUAUUCACGUGAAAGCAUUACCAGUUGCGGAUCAUGGCAAUUUACCGUUAGCAUUUGCACAAAUUACUUCCGUUUCCAUUGGAUGUAUUUGUUCCAGAAAUCUAACAACACAAAAACCUUUGGAUAGUUAUCAGGAGGAAGACCUGGAAAGGAUUCGUGAGCAAUGGACUACAGCUUUAGCUAAUAGGCAAAACUAUUUAGUGAGCCAUAUUAAUGCAUUAUCAGCUAAAGGCAAUAAAAAAACAGAAGCAGAAAAAGAACGUGAACAAUCACUGAUCAAUCAAUGGGUUGCAUUAACCGAAGAGCGAAAUGCAAUUAGCGUGCCGACUGCUAAUAGUAAUAUACCUGGUUCACCUGCUGAAUGGUUACCUCCGCUUGGUAUUGAAAGACACAUACCUGUGCUGUUUCUUGAUCUAAAUUCAGAUGAUGUCACCGAGGAGAUACCCUCUGAUGAUGGUAGCAUCCGAAUAGCUGGCUUACAAUCAUUCUUAUCCAACGAGAACUGUGGUCAAAUCAUUAUGCUUCCUAUUUUGGAACAUGAUGUUAAUGAGAUAUCGGCUACCUGUUCAUGGGAUAGUUCAAUCCAUGAAAAUCCAUCACUAAAUAAGCCUACCGAAGGUUCUGAUCAUGUUUAUGCUAUUGUUAAGGUAAUAGUACGUCUUUCACAUCCAUGUGAAAUUGAUAUCAUUUUACGGAAGCGAAUAUGCAUGCAUGUAUAUAGAAAAACGGGCCUAACCGAACGAUUAAUCAAGAAAUUAGUUGGAUCGGAUUCAAUUACUGGUACAUCUGUUUAUUAUGAUCUUGUAGCACAUAUACCGAAGUCAUCACUAGAUGUUGAGGAUCGAACAUCUCUUGCCCGGAUGGCAGCACACCAAUCUGUUAAUAACGAUGAUGAUUUAUCAGCAGAUACUGAUAACAGAGGUCACAGAGAGACUUAUAUUGAGGCAUACACGAAAAGCAUUCAGGUAGUGGAAAGUAUGUUGAAACUUGAUAGACUUCGCCAAGAAGUUGCUAUCAAUAAUAUGCUUAGCAGACAAGAACGUCUGAAUCGAAUGAAUUAUUUCGCUAAUUCAUUAACAAAUUAUCGAAUGAAAAGAACAGCAAGUUUGCCUAAUACUACUGCAAAGACGCCAUCAUUGUCGACAAGUGGUAACAGCGUGAUUGGAAAUGUAAUACAGCAUCAGCAAUAUCAUGUAUCCGAUACAGGUACAGGAAUGAGUGAAAGCCAGAAUUCAACGGAUUUAUCCAUUUCAUCUUCAUCUUCUUCUAUGGGUGAGUUAUCAUUGUUAAGUAGUUGA